UUCCCCAGAGCCGCUCUUCCUAUGGCCUCUGAUCCCCCUCCUCAUUCUUACCCUGCUUUUUGGGCACACCCGGUGCCCAUUGUGUCCCUUUCCCAAACCCCCAGGGAGAAGGAGUGUGGGAGGAGGGAAGCAACACACAGAGAGCUGGAAAGGGGGGUUGAGAGACAAGAAAUAAAGACAGACAGAGGGAAACACACACACACACACACACACACACACACACACAUCACCACCAUCACCACCACACCACACAGAGAGAAAGGCCAACAGGCUGAGAGACAGACACAGAGAGAGAAAAAAGAAAAAGACAGAAAUAGAGUCAGAGCAGAGAAAUAGGCUAACUCACUGAGUCAGAAGAACAGAAAGAGAGAGAGAGACAGGAAGAAGGACAGGGAAAUAGAAAUAAACAGAAAAUUGGGCUCCAAAGAGAUACAGGGGGAAAGACAGACUGAAAGAGAGAACAGAAAGAAGAGAGAGAAGCCAGGGCAGAGUGUGCCAGCUGGCGGAAUGGAGGGUUGCCUGGCAUGGGAGAUGUAGUGGCCGAAGCCUGGGCAGAGCUGGGUGGGCAGAGGGGAGCUGGUGCCUCCGCAGGGGUGAGGGGGCAUGGGAGGGGCAGGCAUUUUGCUGCUGCUGCUGCUGCUGGCUGAGGUGGGGGCCGGGGCAGCCUGGAGACCCCCAAAGGGAAAAUGUCCUCUGAGCUGCUCCUGCUCCAAAGACAGUGCCCUGUGUGAAGGCUCCGCGGACCUGCCCGAGAGCUUCUCCCUGACCCUGCUGUCACUCUCACUCGUCAGGAUUGGAGUUACCCAGCUGAAGGCCGGCAGCUUCCUGAGGGUGCCGUCACUGCACCUGCUCCUCUUCACAUUCAACUCCUUCUCGGUGAUUGAGGAUGAUGCAUUUGCGGGCCUGUCCCACCUGCAAUAUCUCUUCAUCGAGGACAAUGAAAUUGGCUCCAUCUCUAAGAAUGCUCUCAGAGGACUUCGCUCACUCACGCAUCUGAGCCUGGCCAACAACCAUCUGGAGGCCCUCCCCAGAUUCCUGUUCCGAGGCCUGGAGACCCUGACUCAUGUGGACCUCCGUGGGAACCCGUUCCAGUGUGACUGCCGUGUCCUCUGGCUGCUGCAGUGGAUCCCCAGCGUGAACGCCAGCGUGGGGACCGGGGCCUGCGCCGGCCCCACCGCCCUGGCCCACAUGCAGCUCCGCCUUCUCAACCCCAAGACGUUCAAGUGCAGAACCAUAGAGAUGUGCAAACCGAGGCUCGGCGAUGAAGACCUUUGGGGUCUCCCGGGCCUGCCUGACUUUCUCCUGCCAUCCCCAGAGCUGUCCCGGUUCCAGACGGUUGGGGAGUCGGCGCUGGGCGUGGAGCCUUUCUCCUACCAGGGGGAACCCCACAUGGUCCUGGCACAACCCUUUGCUGGCCGCUGCCUGAUUCUUUCCUGGGACUAUGGCCUGCAGCGCUUCCGGCUUGAGGAAGAGCUGUCUGCUCCCUCGGUGGUGUCCUGCAAGCCCCUGGUGCUGGGCCUGCGCCUCUUCGUGCUGGCCGCCCGCCUGUGGGGAGGCUCACAGCUGUGGGCUCGGCCAGGUCCCGGCCUGCGCCUGGCCCCGACCCAGGCCCUGGCCCCAAAGCGUCUGCUGAGGCCCAAUGACGCUGAGCUCCUGUGGCUGGAUGGGCAGCCCUGCUUCGUGGUGGCCGAUGCCUCCAAGGCAGGCAGCACCACCCUGCUGUGCCGCGACGGGCCUGGCUUUUACCCACGCCAGAGCCUCCACGCCUGGCACCGGGACACGGACGCGGAGGCCUUGGAGCUGGACGGCCGGCCUCACCUGCUGCUGGCCUCCGCCUCACAGCGGCCCGUGCUCUUCCACUGGUUCGGGGGCCGCUUCGAGAGGCGCACGGACAUCCCCGAGGCUGAGGAUGUCUACGCCACACGCCACUUCCAGGCCAGUGGGGAUGUGUUCCUGUGCCUGACACGCUACAUCGGGGACUCCCUGGUCAUGCGCUGGGAUGGUUCCAUGUUCCGCCUGCUGCAGCAACUUCCUUCACGCGGUGCCCACGUCUUCCAGCCACUGCUCAUAGCCAGGGACCAGCUGGCUAUCCUGGGCAGUGACUUCGCCUUCAGCCAGGUCUUCCGCCUUGAGCCUGACAAGGGGCUCCUGGAACCAUUGCAGGAGCUGGGGCCCCCAGCCUUGGUGGCCCCCCGGGCCUUUGCCCACAUCGCCAUGGCUGGCAGACACUUCCUCUUUGCUGCUUGCUUCAAGGGCCCCACACAGAUCUACCAGCUUCACGAGUUAGACCUCAGUGCCUGACACUGGAUGGGAUCCUGGACAUGGCUGGUGAGGGGGCUGGCAUGGGGAGUUUUAGGCUUCUGGACACCUCCUUGACUGACCUCUCUCUCGGCCCCACUUGGGGUUAUGGCUGGUCCUGUGAGAUACUGGCCACAGGCCAAGUUCAAGGCAAGAACUGCCCUCCAAUCUUAAGCAACAUCUUGGCUGGGCGCUCAGACUGGGGCACGGAACUGGAAUCCAGAAGUCAUGGUGGAGUAAUGUGCAGAGCUCCAUGAGGCCUGGAAGCAUCCCCCUCCCCUCAACCCACCCCUCCUACUCCAGCUCCCUGUGCAAGUACCCAGGAGGAGACGGCUUUCCUCUCCCCCCCUAAACUCAAUCUGGCCAAUCGCUUUUAGUGCACGCCUCCAUGACGUUACCAGUUGCUGGGCAGGUUUUCCUGCCAGGCUUGCUAACUUCCUCUGUUGCUUGUGCGCAUGCCUGCUGCCAAGGCGGAAGCCCAGCAGGGCCUUGCUGUGUGAGGGAAAUGGGAGGGAGAGCGAGAGUUUUUGCGGGGAGCCCUGGGUACUCCUUUCCAGUGAGUGACCGAGGUGAAGGCGAAGGUGUGUGAGCUCAAUAAAUGUGCUGUGAGCCCGC